AUGUCUUACGCUUCAAGAUAUUUUCCGAACGAGCCAACCGCUCCAAAGGUUGUCACUGAGUCAAUUCCAGGUCCAAAGGGUAAAUCUGCCAUUGCUUCUUUAGGUGAAGUCUUUGAUAAUAGGUGUGCUUAUUUUGUUGCUGAUUAUGAGAAAUCCGUUGGAAAUUACAUUGUAGAUGUUGAUGGAAAUGUCCUUCUUGAUGCAUAUGCACAAAUUGCUUCUAUUCCACUAGGUUACAACAAUCCAAAGUUAAUUGAGGUUGCAAAGUCUGACAAGAUGACUAGAGCGAUCGUUAACAGACCCGCUUUAGGUAACUUCCCCGGUGCAGAUUUUGAGCAAAUGCAAAGGGAUUUAUUGAAACACGCACCAAAGGGCCAAACUCACGUUUGGAAUGGUUUAUCUGGUGCAGAUGCUAACGAGUUAGCUUUCAAGGCUGUUUUCUUCAACUACCAAUCCAAAAAAAGGGGUUUUGAUAAACCAUUUACUAAAGAGGAGGAAGUAUCCUGUAUGGAAAACAUGGCUCCAGGUAACCCUGAAAUUGCUAUUUUGUCUUUUAAGAAGGCUUUCCAUGGUAGAUUAUUUGCCUCCGGUUCUGUAACUAGAUCAAAGCCUGUUCACAAAAUGGAUAUGCCAUCAUUUGCUUGGCCAACAGCAGAAUUCCCAGCUUAUAAGUAUCCAUUAGAAGAAAACGAGGAAGCAAACAUGGCAGAAGAUGCAAGAUGUUUAGCAAUUGUUGAAGAUAGAUUGCAGAACUGGAAAUGCCCAAUUGCUGGAGUCAUUGUUGAGCCAGUCCAAUCUGAAGGUGGUGACAAUCACGCUUCAGCCGCAUUCUUCCAAGGCUUGAGAGAUUUAACCCUUAAGUAUGGUGCUAAGCUAAUCAUCGAUGAGGUUCAAGCUGGUUGUGGUGCCACUGGUAUUAUGUGGGACCACGAGAGAUAUAACAUCACUCCUCCACCAGAUCUUGUCACAUUUUCUAAGAAGAUGCAAUCCGCUGGUUACUGGUUCCAUGACCCAGAGUUGAUCCCAAAUCAACCAUACAGACAAUUCAACACAUGGUGUGGUGAUCCAAAGGGUGUAAUUUUAGCUGCGGCUAUUUGUGAUGAAGUUGUUGAUAACAACUUGUUGGAGCCAUUGAGGGAGACUGGUGAUUAUUUUUACUCAAAGCUGGAAUCUAUCCAGAAACAAUACCCAAAACUAAUCUCCAAUCUAAGAGGUAAAGGAAAAGCAUGCUUCCUUGCAUUUGAUAUGCCUUCUGGUUCCCUGAGAGCAGAUUUCUUGGGUAAGAUGAAGCUUGCAGGUGUUAAUGUCGGAGGUUGUGCUGAUGUUGGUGUUAGAUUAAGACCAGGAUUAACAUUUGAGAAGAAACACGUUGACAUUUUCAUCGCAGCUAUGGAAAAAGUCUUACCAACUCUGUAA